ACUCCGUGAGGAUGACGGAUCCUGCUGAGGGCGGCACCCUCCUGGACCUGGUGGUCAGAGAAUGCCAGAAAUCCCACCCCGACAUCCUCAACGUCAUCACGGAGCUCGAGCCUGUUGACAAAGCCACAGGAGCCGACGAGAAGAAUCGGAAAUCGGCGAUCCAGUCUUUCCGGGCGGAAAUCACGAAACUGGAAUGCGACCUUGACUCGUUGCCGGACGCCGAGCCCCACCGGGCGUUCUCCAAAACGAUGCUCCCGCUGCUUCAGGAGUGGACGCAGAAGGUGGAGCUGCUGGAGAGGGGCGAGGGCGAGAUCGGGGCCGAGUGGGAGAGGCUGAGGGUGAAGUUCAGCCUGAAGGGAGAGACGCCCAAGCCGCUCCUCUCCAGCCUCGCCACGUUCCGCGGGGACUUCAAGAAAGUCAUGGACAAAAACAAGCGUCCGGGCUCGCGGAAGAAGAAAAAUGAAUCGGCGUGUUGAGAGCCGCGGCGUUUCCCUACGUGGAGACCGCGCCGGGUGGGGGGGGGGGGGUCAUGGUCGCGGUGGAGAGGUCAAGAGGUCGAGAGGUCGAGACGCACUGGACGACUUGGGGCCCCCUGGAGGGGUCGAUUCGAUCCUGGGUCCACGCGACUGGUCGGUGAACGUCGAUUUUAGAUGUCCUCCACGAAGAGCCUCCUGCAAUAAUCCUCCCCCCCACACACCCCACCGUGCAUUAUGUCGGACAAACACACCGCAUUAAUUCAAUUGAGAGCAAAACGGUGGCGACGAUGUGGUUUUUUUUCCACAGAUAUAAGUUUACAUGUAAAGGACACGUGAUCCGUAGGGAUCUUGUUCUGGGGUCGCGUUCUGUCCUCUGCGUGCGUUCAUUGGUUCUCGGUCGUGGCUCUCAACCAAUCAGAGAUUGAGCCCUGCGUGCGGGUAUUUGGGUGACUUUGGUGGCUUCAUAUGCGGAGGGUUCAGAUGUGUGAAGGAGACGGGACAGCUUUUGUACUUCGUUAUUUAUGUUCUCCAGAACGACGCCAAUGAUUGUGUCGUGUUGUGGACAGCGCGCGGGUGGAGGUUUGGACGGUCGGCACGAACUCUGGGAAUGACAUUUAUCUGGGAAUGCCGUUUCCCAGAGUGUGGAAAAAGUCACGUGGAUCAACAUUUGUAUCUGCUAUGAAGAAGGGUCAUUGCCCGAAACGUCGUCUGUAUAUUUCCUGCUCUUUUAAAGCCACAGUGUUAUUGACGCGGAACGUGUUG